ACAGGACUCAGAGGAGCUACAACUGGCUCUGUCAAUGAACAGUGACAAGGUGUUGUUCUUUGGGUUUUUCUCCUCCCUCUCUCGCCUUCCGGGAACACUAAUUGGCCACAUGCAGAGUAAUGUGACCAAUCGAAUCAUCCUCGGCAGAGAGCCGGAGCUGCAGAUCGGAAGAGCAGAGCGUUGGGCUCAGUCCGGCUCCCACGCCGAAGAGUUCCUGGGGUGACACUUUCUUUUUCCUCCCUUUACCUCAGGAAUACCUCGGGAUUUACCCCCCAUCUUCUCAUCCCAAGGAUUUGGUAGUUUUCCCGCCCCUGGCCUCGCCUCCUGCCCGCCCUCGGAUCAGCGCUCGGGUGAAAAGGGCACCAUCAGAGGGGUGAUCGCUGGCCCUGGUGCUACACUACGAUACCUUCAUCCUGACCUGCCCACUUGCCUCCCCUCGACCCCUCACCUCCCUGUAACCAUGACAACCAAAACGACCAAUGACCUGGACGGGAACAAGGUCUCCUCCUCCCCUCUCCUGUUGUCCACAUCAUCCCCGUCCUACCUGUCUUGCCAGCGUCUGGUGACCAAGGACGGUCACUGCGCCCUGCGCUCCGCCCCUCCCUCUCCUGGCCUGUGGCCCUCCUGGGCCUCGGCCUCUGCCUGGGUGCUAGCCCUACAGGACCUGUGGGGGGCAGUGGUGUGCCUGCGCUGGCGCUGGGUCCUCUUGGCCUUCUGCACCUCCUUUGUGGCCCACUGGCUGCUGUUCGCCUGCCUGUGGUACCUACUGGCCCACCUCAAUGGAGACCUGGCGGUGGAGGACCACGACGCUCCUCCAGAGGGACACGUGGUGUGUGUCAAACACAUCACCAGCUUCACCGCAGCCUUCUCCUUCUCCCUGGAGACCCAGCUGACCAUUGGGUACGGCACCAUGUUCCCCAGUGGGGACUGUCCCAGCGCUAUAGCCCUGCUGGCGGUUCAGAUGCUGCUGGGGCUCAUGCUGGAAGCCUUCAUCACAGGUGCGUUUGUGGCUAAGAUCGCCCGUCCCCAGAAACGUGCCGGGGCCAUCCAGUUCAGCCCCCAGGCGGUGGUGGGUCAGCACCAGGGCCAGCUCUGCCUCAUGUUCCGGGCCACCAACCUUCUGCGCCGCCCCCUGGUGGACGUGGAGGUCAGUGCCGUCCUGUAUGAAGAGAGAGACGACCAGGUCCUGCACCAGACCAACCUGGACUUCCAGCUGGACCGGCUGGGCCCCCGCCCCUGUCCAUUCUUCAUCUUCCCCCUCACCUUCUACCACAUCCUGGACCGCCACAGCCCCCUUUACCCAGCCCUGCGUGAGGGCAGCGCCAGCCACUUUGAGCUAGUGGUGUUUCUCUCCGCCUCACAGGAGGGCACGGGCGACGCCUGCCAGAAAAGAACGUCCUACCUGCGCCAGGAGAUCCAGUUUGAGCGGCGCUUCGUGCCCGCCAUGGGGCUGGACAAGCAUGGCAGGUACCAGUGGUUUGCAGAAGAGGAUGUCUUCCUUAAUUGACUCCCCAUAAACGUAACGGACAUAUACCAGGAGCUGUGCCAGGCCCGCCACGUCUGUUGACUCAUCCAGCUGUAACGCAUAUAAUUCACUGGCUUGUAUGCAAGCAGUAAUUGUUUCAAACCAUCUCCUGCAAUGUCACUGAUACGUCGUGAAACAGUGUUGGUUGAUGAAGGCAUUGUCUGUAUAGUUUUUGUUGGCCUUUUCCCCAGCAUUGUCCCAGCCAUAUCUGCGGCAGCAGGAAGAAUUAAGUCUUCCACAAUAGUAUGGGGCUUGCCUGUCCUAGCCAUUCAGUAGCUCACCAUAUAAGACGCUUCUAGCCCCUUCUUAUUAAUGGUAUCUGUUGCUUUUAUACGUCUUACUACUCGAAAGUUGUCUUUAUUCUCGCUCAAAAAACUCCCGUGGAUUAUUUUUCAAAUGGUCAUGUUCCAUUUCUAAAUGCCUGUGCAAGAGUGAAGGUUUCUCGCGAGAGAGUAACGGUUAACGUGAUUGGAUGUUAAUUAUUUGACUAGGCUACCUGUACUUGACGUUGUGUUGUUAUUUCGCUGAACAUUAGAUGGUUUAAUUAGAUUUUUGGCAGUGAAACGAGGCUACUCAGGCGAGAAAAAGAAUUCACCCAAAUGUAUAGCCCCGUUGGAAAAUAUAAAUGUACUGGGAAUCACAUUUUUAUUUGGCGUACCCCCGACGGCAUUGCACGUACCCCAGUUUGGGAAUACCUGGUCUAGUGGAAUAAAGAAUACUAGAUUGUAGAACAUGUUCUAGCUACCUGAGAACUCUAGAACCAACAGUUACAUUCACUGCCAUGAAGGAUGAUAUUCCACAAUCAAUAACACUACGCUGCUAUGGAAUACACUCUGGCUGCAUUUACACAGGCAGCCAAAAUCUGAUCUUCUGUCCAAUUAUUUGCAAAAGAGAUUUUCGUGGUAAUAUUUUAAAAAUAAUUAUCAGAAUUCGGCUGUCUGUGUAAACGCAGCCUCUGUAAUGUAGAUGAUCCCACUUUGAAAGGUGACAACUCAAUGUCUUCAAUAAUUUUAAGCUGAGGUAUCAUGCGUUAGAAGAUAUCAGUUCAUUUAACUGCAAAUGUAUUACAUUACUGCCUUAAAUGUUUGAGAAAUCUUCACUGAAAUCAGUGUGUGUCUAUUUACGCCAAAUAUUAGCCAAAGAUGAAAUGUAAUACUAUGUUAUACAUUGAUUACACAUGUUCAAUAUGUAAAAUGCUAUGGCUUUAGAUUGAGCACUUUAGUGAUAGGCUAAACAUUUGGAGAAAGAUAUAAGUAGAUCAUCUUUAUAUUUUCCCUUUGAAUUUAUGUAAAGACAAAAAUCACUAUUACAUCAUGCAUGUAUGUAUGCAUUUUGAGUCAACAGCAAAACACAAAGAUUAAAGAGUAAAUGGAAAUAAUGUUAUGGAAAGAAAGAGAGAUGAAAUCUUAUUGUAUCAUAAUACAUGUUCCAAUGGCUUGUACAGUGUACAUUACAUGUAAUAAAAUAAUAUUUUCUGAACAAUUCAAA